AUGCCGCCAAACCCGCUUAGACAUCAGGUCAUUCGAAUCUACAAGGAACUCCUUUAUCUCGGUCGAGAGUAUCCGCUCGGCUACGACUACUUCAGGCCACGCCUUCACAAAGCUUUCAGUGCGAAGGCUGGAAUGCAGGACGAGGAGCAAAUACGCAAAGGCAUCGAACAGGCUGAAUAUGUCAAGAAAGGUUCGUCGUUGAAGUUUUGA